AUGAGUGCUGAUCUUUCCGGAUUCUUGACGAUCCUCGGCGGUGUCAUGGACGGCAAUGGCCUCGUCUGGUCGAUUGGUGGGCCUUCUGCAGCCGCACCGCCUUUGUUGCCUCUUCUGGGCACACCGCAGGGUAUCUCUGGAAGCCAUAACAAGUAUGAGGCGGAUGCAUCGCCUGGUCGUGGUGACCUGUACAAGUACGGAAACGACUUUGAGCUGCAAAUGUCUCAGUAUCAGCAAUUGUACGACAUGGUCAAGGCUAACAACGAUAACCUUGAUCUUGAUUUGAUGAAUGAAUUCCGCUCCAUGCGAUUCGACGACUCCAUUGCCACCAACCCUUACUUCUUUAACGGACCCUUCACCGGUGUUCUCGUCCAGCCUGCCGCGUACUCGUUCAUCUACCGCUUCAUGGGCAACAAGUCCGCCGAGCACCCACAGGGCCUCAUGAACAGCGAGAUCCUCAACACCUUCUUCGGCGUCGAAGAAGUCAACGGCCAGCUCUCCAAGAUCGGCGGUUACGGCCACGAGAAGAUUCCUGACAACUGGUACAAGCGCGCCAUCGGCGAUGAGUACUCUAUCGCCUUCCUCAACACUGACACUGCCCUUGCCGGCCUGAGAUACCCCAAGUUCCUCAGUGUCGGUGGCAACAUGGGUAAGGUCAACUCGUACGCGGCCAUCGACCCUGCGGAUCUUACUGGAGGUAUCUACAAUGCCAGAACUCUCGGCGAGGGAAACAAUGCAAUGUGCUUCGCCACGCAGUUCCUGGCCCAGACUAUGCCCGACAUGGUCAGCUGCAGCGGUGUGCUGAAUGACCUCACUGGAGCCUUGAGCGGUUUCACCAAGGCUUUCAACACUGCGUUCAGCGCGUUGAGCUGUCCGGAGAUUACGAGUAUUGAUGACAAUCAGUUCAAGCAGUUCCCGGGUUAUGCAAACCUCGACUGCAAGACCGGAAUGUACCCAUCAAAGUAA